AUGCAGGAGGGCGCAGCUGACGGUGCCCUUUUUGUAGUGAUCAAUCCAGCUCCUAAUUUGAAGAUGCUUGGCUUAUUACAGGGUUAUGCAGCUGGUUUGAUGCUUAGUAUUUCCUUCUUUGACCUUGCUCAUAAUGCUCUCAACUCACUUGGCUUCCUCAAAGGGAAGCUCUGGGUGGGUAUAAGUUUGCACAACUUUCCAGAGGGAAUGGCAGUGUUCCUUGGUUCAAUUAAGGGCCUUCGUGUUGGCCUCAACUUGGCGUUGGCCAUUGCUCUGCACAAUAUCCCAGAGUUUCAUUUGAAUAAAUUUUUUACUGUGUUUAGAUACACAUUAUUUUCCAAGAAAUACACCUAUCUAUUCCCUAGCAGCUUAGAUCCUGAGAUUUUGGAGGGUUUGCUUGGAUCAGUUGGUGGAGUUAUGGCCUUUCUGACCCUUCAUGAAAUGCUGCCAUUGGCUUUCGAUUAUGUGGGACAGAGACAAUCUGUUAAAGCUGUCUUCUUUGGGAUGGCUUUUAUGUCUGCAAGCCUAUAUUUUCUAAGUAUCGGCUUGCCAGAGGACAUGAGCUUGUAG